AUGUCGAACGUGGAGCUUGGUGUGCAGACGGAAAAGGCCUUCCAGAAGCAGCCCCUUUUCCUGAACUCGAAGGUGGCUCGCAAGAGCACCCGUGCUAAGCGGUGGUACAAGGACGUGGGCCUUGGUUUCAAGACGCCCAACGCCGCCGUCACCGGUACUUACAUUGACAAGAAGUGCCCCUGGACCGGUCUCGUGUCGAUCCGUGGCCGUCUCCUGAGCGGCAAGGUCAUCUCGACCAAGAUGACCCGCACGGUGAUCAUCCGCCGGGAGUACCUUCACUACGUCCCCAAGUACAACCGUUACGAGCGCCGUCACAAGAACCUGGCUGUGCACGUCUCGCCUGCCUUCCGUGUUGAGGUCGGUGACAUUAUUGUGGCUGGUCAGUGCCGCCCUCUCUCGAAGACGGUUCGCUUCAACACGCUCAAGGUGAUCAAGAACAAGAGCACGGAGCGUGCCAAGAUGUUCCACCGUUACUAA